ACGAGCAUCAGGCAGCUGCAGCGGUCUGCAGGAAAAAGACAAGAACAAGAUCGUGGCAGUCAUGGACUUGCAUUGUGAAUGUAAUGAAAUUUCAGCUUCUGAACAGCAAUCUGGCAAGAUAAGUAGGACGGCAUUUAAAUUAUUUGGGAGAAGAAAAUCAGGGGGCACAAUGCCGAAUAUCUUCAGUAUGAAAAACAAAGGGGAUGGGAAAAGCUCCUUGAAAAUGGGGCUUGUCCGAAGCAAAACACACGAUGGAAUUGCUGAUAUGGGAUUGGAAGUAAGCAAGAAGGAAGAUUCUUUGAGCAAUUAUCAAUUAGAUAAUGAUUCCAGUACAAAAAUAGUUAGUAGUAUGAGCUUUGCUGUUGGUGGUUGUGGCUCCAUUGCCAAGUCUCACAGUUUCUUUUCUUUACUAAAAAGGAAUAGUAAAUUAGAAAAUUGCAAGGGGGAGUCAAUGUAUUCAAACUCUGACCAGAUGAAAGAGAAGAGUUGCAACAGACAAAAGAAAGGACUAAAAGGAUUGUUCAGCAGCAUGAGAUGGCAUAAAAAGGACAAAAUCAGUAUAGAGGAAAAGGCUGGGCACCAUGAAAUCCAUGACUUUAUUACAUUGCCUGGCUCUUUGACUGCAAGCUUGGAAUGUGUUAAAGAAGAAGCACAAAAAUCUUACCCUGAAUCUGAAAGUGCUGGAAUGGAAAUGCACUCCUGUGAAAUACAGGGUGAUAAUAAGAAUGUUUUCACUGAGGAUCCUGAACAAGCAACUGGGAGGACCUCCCUUCCAGAAUUAUAUCAGAACGUGGAGAAUACUGCCUUUCAUAGCCAUUCAUUGGACCAUCAUUCUAAUGAUAAAGCUUCAGAACAGGUGGAGGACAAACAGGAUGAAAAUUUACUCGAUAUGAUGCAGGAUGUACAAGAAGAAUGUGCUUCUGUAACUGCAUCUGCAUCUUGCCAUCUUCCUGAAACUACAACACCUGGUGCACCCAAUAAUGAUCCACCUGCAGAACAAUCAAUUGAUCGAAUUUGCAUCAUGUUUUCUGAUGUUACAUCUUUAAAGAGCUUUGAUUCACUCACAGGAUGUGGGGAUAUUAUUGUUGACCAGGAUGAAGAUGGAAAUGCUGGUGAAGGUGGAGGUGUUACAGAAAAGGGAAAGAGUGGUGGAAGAAAAAACACAAAUAUUCUGAGCUAUCAAGGGGGAGGAGAGGAAAUGGCCAGUCCUGAUGAAGUUGACGAUGAAUAUCUGCAAGAAUUCUGGCACUCACCACCACCCAUCGCUGAGUCUCUUAAAGAGAAGCAGGAACAUGUUGCAACUGACCAAACACAAUUGUUGGCUUUGGGUGAAGCAACUGGCCUUAAUCAGGCAGGGAGCAGUAGGUUAGUCAAACAACUUAAUCUGAAUUAUAUUUCUAUAAAUAAGAAUGAUAAUGAAAAACAAUUGACCACAAAGUGUGAUCAACAAGAAAGUGUCCCAAAUAGUGAUGAGGGAUACUGGGACUCCACAACCCCUGGGCAUGAAGAUGAAAGUGGAAGAACUCUUGCUACCAAGGCAAGCAUUCCAAGGGACAGUUGCAGUGGAGAUGCUCUGUCUGAUCUGCUUACAGAUCCAGAAGAAAGCCUGACAAGUAUCGUCUCAGAUGAAGAAAUGUGUUCUGUUUCAGAACCUAAAACGCUGUCUCCAAAAGCUGUGAUACCUGCAUCCAACAUUACCACAAUCUCCAAGGACAAGAAUAUAUCUGCCAUUCCAAGGCACAAGACCACUUUUUCUGUACGCCAAGGGGAAGGAAACCAUAUUCAUUGGCCUCAAACAGUUCAACAGUUGUUAGGAUGUGAACCAACAAGAACCAAAAUCCCUAUUGCUAAGACCUCAAUUUCUAGACCCAAUAGCAAAGUCAUCACUGGGACAAGUGCAAAAGUCUCAACGAACAAGGGAGGUACAAAAAAAUAGCUUUGGAAAGGCUUUCAUGGCAAAAUUAAAAUCAGCGUGUUAUACCAGUCCAGAAGUAAGCACAAUUGGUUGAGAUUCUGCUUGCACCCCUACUGUUCAUAUUGUGCAAUAGGACCUUUACCAUUUGCCAAGAGGGAGCUUCUAUCAUAUAAUUGAAUCGUGCCUACAAAAGGAAAUUAAUUCAAAGCUUUAUGAAGCAUAGAUGCAACACAUAAUUUUUAUUUCUCCUGAAUGCUAAUCAGGAAAGGAAGAAAAUGACUGACCAAAAUUUAAACAUAAUAACAGAUAUGAACAAAAAAAAGCUUGUGAAAGAAUACAAAAUAUAUUUGUGAAACCGUGAUCAAGAGUGUUUACAGAAUCAUAUUUUCUUUGAUGAGCAAUGGAGUCUGUAUUGUGACUUUCUUUCCUGUACUGGAAUGUAAGGACAAUAUUUUUCAAACAUUGGUCAUUAAUUGCUAUUUUUACAGUCUACAUAGUGAUUGUUACAAAUGACAUCUAUUCUGGGACAAGAUUCUGUUCAAAUAUUGGAUGUUUAUGAUCUACAGCCAGAGAAGAAAGAAACUGAUAAGUAAGAUGGUUAUAUAACUGCAAUCAGGGAACGAUUACAUAAUCAGGACCAGCUUGAGUUUUCAUCAUAGUGAAGUCAUUCAAGAUGAAUUUGUAGAAAGAUCCCUUGAAAAUACUUUUUGAAAGGUGAUGAUAGGAAAGGUAUUUUAUUUCCUUCAUGAUGUGUCUUUUGAGUUUUCAACCUGACAAUUUUUUGAAUAACUUAUUUUCUGCAUGUGAAUGAGUAAAAAAUUUAGAAGGUGGAGUUAAAAUACCUUAAAAUAUAGCACAGAGAAUACUCUCACUAUAAAUGGGGACAGAUGACAGUGUAUAUGUAUAUAUAACAUACAGUAUUCCUUCAGAAGCUCCUGUACAGUCAUUGCUUUCCAUAUAGAUAGUUACUGACAGUUACAUGAUCUACAAUUUUUAUAUUUAAAUACUUUGGCGUGGCCUUUAUUUGUAACAAAGUGAUUGUGACAGAGAAUAGCCUACAUAAAAUCAGUAGAUAAAAAUGGAUAAUAUGCCGUACAUUUUUGUACUAUUGUUCCAAGUGCAACUGGUUGAAGGUUCUUACAGAUUUUGGAGGAACAUACUUCUCAAUUGCUUGUUUUAUUAAAUUAGUUCCAAUGUUUAUUCAGUAUGACAUUUAUUCAACUGAUAAGCAGGUCAGAUAAGAAAAAUGGGAACAAUCCCCGGCAGUGUUGUACUAUGUGGUUUGAGGCUCACCUGAUAUUUGGCCUCAGAUUUUAUUUAUAUAAUACUAACUUUGUUAGGCACCCAUUGGGCAACUGAGCAGCUCACUAAUGAAGAGGGUUUUAAUUUUGGGUUGCUGCAAUAUUGGCCAAGGUCCUCACUGUGUCCUGGGAGGGAAAACAAUUAAUAAAGAAGGGGAGACAAUCAAGAGAGGGAGUGGGGCAAUCAAGAGAGGGAGUGGGGAAAUCGAGAGCUGGAGCAGGAUAACCGAGAGAGUUAAGGGGUGGAAGUAGCCUCUGUUAAUCUGUUAAAGGAAAUGUAGUUUUAAGUAUCAAGGCUUGUUAUUUUGUUAUACUGGAUGCACCUCAAAAUUGGGCACCGUGCCUUUGACAUUCUAGGUCACUUUAAAAAAAUUUACACUUGUACACUAAAAACAGGGAGAAAAAGAAAUUCUGAAUAUAACAGGAAAAUAUAUCAUGAGGUAGAUUAUAAUAAAGAUGUUUAAAGGUAGGGAGUGAGAAAGAAAUACAGCCAUUUCACAGUUAACAAAAUAGAAUAAAAGUAUAAUGUUGAAAGCUUUGAAAUAAAUUCAGUUAAUUAUAUUAAAGACAAAUAACAAACUUCCUGAUCAUUUCUCAUUCAGGAUUAUAAUUCAUCUUAGUGUUGAGCUUCUUUUCUAAAUAAUGUCUAAAAUUGGGAAAAAAUUGUCAGACUGUUUAUAAUAACCAUAUCUUUAGCAGGCCAUCAUGAUGCGUGGCUCUGCAUUGAAAAUGUUUAAAAAUGUUAAUUUAAAAAUAUAUUAUUUGUGAAAUAUUACUGGCUUCCUUAUGAAAAGGGAAUGAAAGAAGGAUUAGCAGAGCCAUGAUUUGCAUCUAAGGGUAGCCAAUUACAUAUCAACACACGGUGAGGCAGAGGAGAAGAUCACCUGACUGAUUUCAUAAUUUGAGAAUAGUAUGUGUGCUGAUCCUUAUAAGAGGGAGGAUCAGAUAUACCAAAACAUUUUGAGUUAUUCAGUGGUUACACUUGGUCCUAUGGAAUGGAAUGCUCUGUAAUAUUGCCCGCUGAGGUUGUUUGAUUGAUUAAAUCAAUAUUAAUCAUUAGGCAAGUAGUUGUAUCAUGGAGAAUUAAAAUUGGGGUUAUUUGAUCAUAGUGAAUUCGAUCAGGUAACACUGUAACCAAGUUUCAAAUGACUUGGUUUCUGUUGCUUCUAAAAUGAUAAACUUAAUGAUUCUACAUCUCUAAACAUUAAUCAACUAAGCAACCAAAGAUAGGUCUUUUAGAACAACAAUUCUUUUAAAAUCCAGGAGUGGUGAAGUUGGGCAGCAGUUAAUGCUGCUGCCUCAUAGCAUCAGGCACCUGGAAUCAGUCCUGACCUUUGGCGCUUUCAAUGCAGAGUCAGCAACUCUCUUUGUGAUUGCAUAGGUUUCCUUCAGGUGCUCCAGUUUGCUCUCACAACCCUAAGGUGUGCUGAUAGGUUAACCAUUUAGUGUAGGUUAAUGUCAAAGAGAAUCAAAGAGAAGUUGCUGGGAAUGUGUGAUGGGAAUAAUUUGCAGAACAUAGGCAAAUAAGGAGGGAGGAAAUGAAACCAAUGGAAUUGCUCUGCUGGGAGCCAGCAUGGACCUGAUAGGGUGAAUGGCCUCUUUGUGUGUCAUUAUACGUAUAAGAUUUCAACACCUUUGUUACUGUGUUGUAAUUGGUUGGAUCAGAUUGUGACUUCAAUGGACACUGGUCAGCUUGGGUCAAAAAUAAAAUUAAAAUGAUUGGCCUACGUUUAUAUAAUGCCGCAAUUCUUUAUUACAUCUCUCAAAAAUAUCUCAAAUAAUUAUUGCAUUUUGAAGGGUGGUAGCUGUUCUAACAUAGGCAUCUGAAAUAAUCACGUUGUAUAAAGUAUGAUGCCACAACCAGCACUGAGAUGGAUAAUCAGUUAAGCUAUUUUCGGUUAUUUUGGCUGAAGAAAGGAUAUUUAGGAGGAGGCUGAAAGAAUUCCAUGCUUUUUUUUGAAUAACAUAUUUAAUGGCCAUUUAUACAGCAGGCAAACCUCAAUUUAACAUUCCAUCCAAAUGACCGUAUUUCCAAAAGUGCUUUGCCACUUUUGUACCACAUUGGAGCAUCAGUCUGUGUGCUCAGUUGGAAUGAGGUUUUAAUCUACAACCUGUGACAAUCUGCCUCUCAUCUCUAAAGAGUACACUGUUAUAUCUUUGUUUUCAAAAACAACUUGGCUUGGGUCCUAAACAGCCCAGAACUAUUUUCACCUGUUUUCCCUUACAAGAAUGAAGUCAUGAGCUUUAUUUUUUGUGUAUAAUGCAGCUAUGUAACAAAUGUAUGAGAUAUCUUCAGGUUUGAAUUUGAGAAGGGCUUGGUACACCAAUCUGUUUACUGUUUUUUGUGCCAAUUCUGUUAGAUCUCCAUCUUUUAUUUUCUCCCUAUCACCAGAUACUACUGAAAAUAUUUGGAACACCUUAAACUUGCAGUUUGAAGUUUAUUUUUGCAUUUAAAAAGGUUUUGAAACUCCUCUAAAUUUGAAAUUGAAUGCAGUAUAUUUAUUCUUAAUUUUCAUAUAGGCUGUCUCUCCUCUCCACUGCAGUAUUAAUGAUCAACUAAACAGAUGGGCCCAACAGGAGGCCACAAACAUCCAUACCAACAAAACAAUGAGGUUUUCAAAGUUAAAAAAAUUGGAAGGAAUUGACACCAUUUUAAUAUUGCCAAAAAUCUCACAUCAAUAUUAUACCAACCAAAAUCAUUUUCUCUGCCAUUCAAACAGCAGGUGGAAAUUAUUUUUUAAAAAAUUCAAAAUUGUUUUGGAUUGAUUGUAAUAGCAAACCAAGUUACAAAGCUUUCAGUUUCUGAUCCUGUGCUGCUAGGACAGGAUCAGAGACCACAGCCUACCACAUUCUCAUGGCGUAUUACUAUGUAAUCUGUACAACUAGGAGACGCCAGACUUGCCUUUUACCUUCUUUCUCAGAGUCCAGGGUCCCAAAUACUCCUUCUAGGCAAAGCAGCAAAUUACUUGUAUUUCUUUUAAUUUAGUAUACUGUAAUUGCUGCUCACUAAACAGUCUCCUCUAGACAGGAAAAUGAAAGAUAGAUUGGGUGACAAUUUAGACACUAGGGUGAUUCCUGGGAAGAGAGGUUUGUCUUAUCAUGAAUGGCUAAAGAAUUUAUAUGCUUUGGAGUUUAGAAGUGUGAGGAGUGAUCUGACCGACAUGUAUAAGAUCCCAAGGGGCAGGACAGGAUAGAUAUUAAAAUAUCUCUGCUAGUGGGAGAAUCUCAAAUGAGAGGACAUAGCUACAAGAUUAGGGAGCAAUCAUUUAAAACUGAGCUGUGUAGGAACUUCUUCUCACAGAGGAUGGUGAAGCUCAUCUACCCUGGUGGGUUGUAGAGACUAGGUUAUUGGAAAUACCUAAAGAGGAAGCAGAUACAUUUUUGUAAGAUCAUUGAAUUGAUGAGUAUGGGGAACUGUCACAGAAGAGAGGAGACCUGAUCAUAUUCAAUGGUGGGACAGGCAUGAGGGGCCAAAUGGCCUACUCCUCCUCCUCUUUUCUUAUUUUCUUGUUCUUGUGUUCUUUGAGGAAGAUCUCCAUUCAGUCCACAAGCAUGACCUCUGAUCUCCUGGUCUGCUGUCACUUUCAAACUCCAUUCUACUUCCACCCUGACCUCUGUUUUCAGCCUCCAAAACCAUUCUAAGGAAGAUCCACAUAAGUUCAAGGAACAGCACAUCCUCUGAGGAGACACGUUACACCCAUUUGGGCUUAAAAUUGAGCUCAGCUAUUUCAGAUAAUGAGCGCUUCCAGUAUUUUCCCUUUUUACUUAUGCUUUCAACAUCCAUUAUUUUCCCUUUGUAGCUUUGGAUAAUUAUUUUACUUCUCCCAUUUACACUACUUUCAUUUUUUAUUUGUCCCAUUAUUACUGAUCACAGAUCUUCCCUUUCGCUCUCCUCUUUCUCCGUACGUACCUACAAACCUGUUUAUCUCCAACUUUAACCAGGACUUGAGGAAAGGUCAUUGGUGAGAAACAUUGUUCAUUUUCUAUUUUCCAGAUUUUGCCUUUGCUGCUGUGUACUUCCAGUAUUCUCUGUUUUAAGAUCACUUCUAACAUCAACAGUACUUUGCCUUUGAAUUAGGAUUGAAAUGUGGCUAUUUGACAAAAUAAACUGAAAGAUGUAAUUCCAAUCACAUUAGAUUUGACACUUUUGCUGUGUGGAUCACAAGUCCGUGUGAAAAGAUUAAAUAAGAGUGAGAGGAAAAGACUUAAACUAAUUAAGGUGAUAGUGGGAGUAGGGUGGUUGUGAAGGGAAGUGGAUCAGAGGACAGAGGAAUCUACAUGGCAGGUCAAUAAUUGUUACAAAAGAUCACCAGAAAUAUGAGCAGGAUGAGGGGAACAGAUACCCAAAUAUCAAUAAACAAGAGCAAAUAGCAUAAGAUAUGAAACAACUAGAUUAGAAGCACAAAUUCAGCCAUACAGAGACCUGACUUGCAAGGUGGGUGCAAUUGGGAGAUCAAUAUUCCAAGCUAAAGAGUUUUUAGUAAGAGCAGGAAAUUAGGAAAGGAAGAGUGCAGUAAUAUUUGAUAAUUAAACAAUUAUAUUAACAAUGAUGAGAUAGUGGAAAUAGCAGCCAGGAAGGAUUUUUUUUCACGAACUUCCUUAAAGUAGUGAUUAUUUGGAGAAUUGAAGCAACAAAAUACUGGAUACACCAAAGACUACAGAUGCUGGAAUCUGGAGCAAAGUACUGGAAAUGUUUCCUAUCUGAAAUUCUUGAGUUCAAUGUUUUCUGAAAUGGCUAUAAUAUGUCUCAUCAGAAGAUGUGCUGUUCCCUGUGUUUAUUUUGUUUUAGAGUCCAAGAACAGAAAUGAGGAGUGGAAUGGAAUAUGAAAAUGAUGGAAGACCAGAGAUCAGGGCCAUGCUUGUACACUGAACAGUUAUUAGAGAUGUUGAUUAUCACAUUGAUUACAGGUAGCACUAUUGGCCAAGUAGCAAAGGAAACUUCUAGAAUGCAUUUCUAGAACUCCUUACCAGCAGAAAAUGUUUUAAAACCAAUAAGAAUUUUUUUUACUGGAUUUAUGAUAAAUUAAUAAUUUAAUUGUAAGGGAACACUUUGCAGAUAAUGGCUAAAAUAUGACACAAUUUUAGAUUUGAGAAAGAAAAGUCAGAGUCACAAACAAAGUUUUAAGAUUUCAUUAAGGGGAAGUUCUAAAAGAUAUGAAUUGAUCAAAGUUAAAUGAGCUGAAAUGUUAAACUUACCACUUAAAGGAGUUAUUCAAAUUAAUAUUUGGUGUGAUUGAACCAAGUAAUAUGUUAGAAAACCAGAGCACACUCCUAAAAGAGCAAAGGCUUCCUUCAUGUAUUUAAACAAUCUAGCAAAUAUUUUAGCAAUGAAAGGAAGAAAGGAAGCAAGAAAGAAAGAAAGAAAGAGUGACAUCUAUAAGGCACUGGUUGCAAUGUCCUAAAGCUCUUUAACACCAGUGAAGUAUGAUUAUCAUAGAGUCAUUUGUAAUGUAGGCGAUUUGUGGACAACAAAGUAUGAUAAACAGCAGUGUGAUCAAACAAUUUAUUCUUAGGAAUUAUGGGAAGGGAUAAGUAUUUUCCAAGAAACUAAGGCGAACUCUCCGCUCUUCCUCAAAGAAAUGCUAUGUCUAACUGAAAGUGCAGAUGGGGCUUCACAUUUUUCAUUUCUCUUCUGAAAAAUGGCACUCGAAAGUACAGUCUUUUCCAGCACUAUACUGGAGUACCAGUCUAGAUUCUAUGCUUAUGUCCCUGGAAUGGAACAUGAAGCCAUAAUUCUCUGAUGGUCAAAAGUGCUACUGCUACACCAUAGCAAGGAAAAGUGGAAUCAGAGGACAUCAGGGAGUUAUUUAAGUAAAAAAAGUUGUAUAGAUAAAGAAGAAAAGAUGCAGAAAAUGAAUAAAGAAUUUCAAAGUUAACAGCAAAAGUUUUAUAAAUUUAACAGGUGAAAAAAGAGUAGUAAAGGGAAAUAUGCUCCCAUUGAAGAUCGUUCAAGUGGAACUAUAAUUCAAAAAAAGGAAAUGUUAGACUUGUGUUUUCACAGCUGAGAAGGCAAAGGACCAAUCAAAGAAACCUAAAAUGUUUAACCAUUUGUCAGUACAUGAUGUGAGUAGAUAUGAUAAUAAUAAUCAUGGUUUAUAGUAGAAAUUAGAUAGUAGAUAUUAAUAAUCAUGGUUUUCCAAGUUCUAUAAAUUUAGCCAUUGUGCCUUUGGAUUUGAAAAUUGCAAGUGUGAUCAAUAUCAAAGAGAUUUUAUUUCAGGAUGGAGGGAAGGAGAAACCAUAGCACUACAGCCUGACAGUUCAGCAUCUGAUCAAAUAAUCAACAUUGAGUUGUAAAGAACAAGUCAUGACUAACAAAUUUAGCUGAAUAUUUUAAGGAAGUCACUCAAAUGGUGAAUUUGGCUGCCAUAAAUGUAGUCUGUGUGAACUUCUAAAAGGAUCUGAGAAGGUUCCACACAACAAAGUAUCAGCAAAUGACUAGCUUGGAAAUGAAUGUAUGUGAAAUCUGAAGUAGACUUGUUAAAUGAGUUGGGAGGUAGGGGACUGGAGGAAGGAAAAGUGGAGGAUUGUCUGAUUGAACAUUGGAAAAUAGUAGGCAGAGAAGGGCAAGCUGGUCCACCAAGUCUGUUCCAUAGUCCACUUUGUUGCCAAGUCUCUUCUCAGGCCUAUAUGAUAGGGAUGUGAAAAGUACUGUUCCCUAAUGUUCUUUGUAGGAAUCUCAGACAUUCGUCAUACAACUGGUAUGAAUAGAUUAUAUAUAAAUUUAUAAACAACAUAACCUUAGAAGGCAUUGUAAGUUGUGUAGGUGGGAGAAGCAAGUUGUCAAGGGAGAUGGAUGGGUUAAUUUAUGUCAAAAAUAUGACAUAUGAUAUUUAAAGUAGACGAGUGUGAGGUCAUCAAACAUCAAAUCUGAGAAAGAAAAAUCUGAAUGCUAUCUUAAUGUGAGUCUAGGAACUGAGGAAGGGAAAAGGGGUGUACAGGUCCGUGGAUAAGACAAAGCAGUCUUACAAGUAGAAAGUACUUUCAAAAACCUAAUAACAUCUUAUCUUUAUCUCAAGGAUGUUAAAACAAAAUGUGAGGGAAUGAUGAUUAUAGUUGUUUGGAGCCUUGGUAAGACUAGAUUUAGAAUACAACAGGAGCUAUUACUGAACCUUGUACAGGGUAAUGUUCGGCAUGGUCUGAUGCAGCUCAGUUAACCAGAAUGAUAGCAGGGCUAAAGAAACUUUAAAUUAUGAUUUCAUAACCUUGGCUUUCAUUCUCCUGAAUUUAGAAGGUUAUAGGUGAUCCGAUGGAUAUGCUUGAAAUGAUGAAGAGAUUUAAUGAGGUGAAUACAGAGAAAUUAUUUCCCCUGCUAACGCAAAACAAGAGAGGACUAUUCUAAAAUUGAAGAAACAUUUAUUCGUAUUAAGAACGGUGGAAAUCUGCAAUCAUUUCACCCAAAAAGGCGGUGGAUGCUGGUGAACUGUCAUUUUAAAGUCUGAGACUGUUGGGUUUUUGAUAGUUAAAUGUGAUAAGGGAGAUGUAGCAAACUAUCUUAUUGAAUGAGAGAAAGAGGCAAAUUUAUUAAGGAAGAUGAUGACAUUCACUUCCCAGUCUAUGUAUGGGUUGGCAAUGCAAAAUAAAACACCCCAGUAAAAAUCAUGAAACAGGACAAAAGGAUAACAAAAUAAGUUAACAUGAAGUUGAAAACAGUAUCUACUGUAAUGAAACUCCUACACAUUUAAAUAGAAACAUUAUAAGCAAAUAAGAACAUAAUGCUAUACAUUGUUCAAAUUAGAAUGAAAUUUCAUAGCACUUAAUUUAUUCAUCAUUGUAAAAUAAAUAGCUACUAAAAACAGUACGUUAGAUUUAAAUAGUAGCAGUUAAAUAACUUGUUGGGUUUUAGUUUUAAAGUCUGUGCAAAACUCUUCUCUCUGAAAGAUUAUAUAUUUUUAUGCUUGCAAUUAUAAUUUAAUGGUGCACCACAGUUCAUAACUACUGAUGUAGUGUAAUUCUAUUAAAGGUCAUUAACCAAACUAGAGAAGUGUCUGACAAUGGUUAUUUCAGACUGCAGUGUUCUUCCCACCCAUUUUGGUGAUGUCAUUUGGUUGAUUCAAGAAAUAACACAGAAUUUGUGCAUAGUACAAAUAAUUUUCCUAAACUCAAUACAACUAAAAAUCUAGUUUUGUGAAUUGUUAACUUGAUUUGUCACUCAGCUUUAGAGAAUGUAAUUGAAAAAAUCUGCUGUUAAUAUUUUCAAUUGCUAUUCCUCACUUGGAUUUGCACCAUCUGCCAUUUCAACAAGUGCCAUAGUACAUCAAAAAUAGUCAAUGAUCACAGAAUCAUAAACUGCACUUCUACCAUGUACCAUAAACUCCCAUAUUUGUGCUGUGAAAAGAACUUGUUAAGGCUGUGUUUAGUAUUAAAAUGUGAAAA